AAAAAUUAAAAAAAUUAUAUAUAAGGUGAUACAAAUUCCCUUUUUCUCAUUCAUAUAUCUCUUGCUGUGUGUGAUACACAAAACUUUCAUUCACUCAUUCAUUCAUUUCAUCCAUUAUAUAUAUAUUUAUCUGAUUCAAUCAACGGUAAUUGUUGUUUGUAAGAGAAAACAAAGAAACUAAGAGGAAAUUUUUUUGAGGGCCUAUUGCCCUCUCUCUCCUUGUUAUGCUUUCUCUCAGAUCUUAGAUUUCUUCAAUUUUCUCAUCUGGGUUUGUCUUCAUUUGAGUGGAAAUGGACCCUGGGAAGCUAUUCAUUGGAGGGAUUUCCUGGGACACAAAUGAAGAUCGACUCAGAUCGUAUUUCCAGAACUUUGGAGAUGUAGUUGAAGCUGUGAUUAUGAAGGAUCGUACAACCGGACGUGCCCGUGGUUUUGGAUUUGUUGUUUUUUCUGAUCCUUCUGUUGCCGAACGAGUUGUUAUGGAAAAACAUGUCAUAGAUGGUAGAACUGUUGAAGCAAAAAAAGCUGUUCCUAGAGAUGAUCAGAAUGUGUUUAGCAGAAGCAACAGCAGCAGUCAUGGAUCGCCUGGUCCUACUCCUAUACGCACAAAGAAGAUAUUUGUCGGAGGUUUAGCAUCGACAGUUACUGAGAGUGAUUUUAAGAGUUACUUUGAUCAAUUUGGAACAAUUACUGAUGUUGUUGUGAUGUAUGACCAUAACACUCAACGGCCUAGAGGUUUUGGAUUCAUCACAUAUGAUUCUGAGGAAGCAGUCGAGAAAGUGUUGCACAAAACUUUUCACGAACUUAACGGUAAAAUGGUUGAGGUUAAGAGGGCUGUGCCGAAGGAAUUAUCUCCAGGUCCAAGUAGAGGCCAGCUAGGUGGAUUUAGUUACGGUACUAUGAGUAGAGUUGGUAGUUUUUCUAAUGGUUUCACUCAGGGAUAUAGUCCAAGCCUCAUUGGAGGACAUGGACUUAGAUUAGACGGUAGAUUGAGUCCUGCUAAUGUUGGUCGUAGUGGAUAUACUCUUUUUAGUCCAAGUUACGGGACAGGACUCAACUUUGAGACACCAUUGAGCCAAAAUGAUAAUGAAAACUUUAUGUCUAACUUUGUCACGGGACGUGUAUUGAACUCUCCAUACGGUGCAAGUCCGAGCAGGUACAAUAAUGCCAUAGGGUAUGUUGGUUCCAAUGCUGGCAACAAUUCAGCCAUAAGUUCAACAAAUCAGAGUUUGUGGAGUAAUGGUAAUCUUAACUAUGCUAAUAACCCUGCAAGCUCUGAUGCUUUUGUGGGUUACGGAAGUGAAAAUUCAAGUUUGGGUUCUUUCGGUAAUAUCGGAUCACUUUGGAGUACUUCUGUUGGGGGUACUACUAAUCAAGCUGGAACUAUCGGCUCUGGAUAUGGUAAGAGCAGUCUUAAUUAUAGGCUUGGAGAUGUGAUUUUAGGGUCAAAAGCAGUAGGUUAUGGAAAAAGCAAUGAAAGCAUUGUUGAAUCAGAUUCAUCAUACGCUUUCUCAAAUGGUAAUUAUGGUGAGGCAUACAAAAAUACUUAUGAAGCUGGACCAUUUUAUCAAGACCAUACUUGGAGAUCAACAACUUCAGAACUAGAGGAUUCCGGUUCUCUUAGUUUUGGCCUUGAAAAUGCUGUUUCGGAUUUAAUGCGCAAAAGCUCUAGUGGCAAUCACAUUGGAGCUUAUGCUGUUGCUAAUAGACAAUCAAACAGAGGAAUUGCUGCUUAGGAAGGUUAUGCGAUGGAUGAUGCUAGUUCGUGUUUCGAUGAGGUGAAUGAAUGUGAAAAGCAUAAAUCUUCUUCGUUCGAGAUACUUUGAUGCUUCUAAAAUUUCGUUAGAGCCAAUUGGUUUGGCUAUGUUGAAUAACUUUGCAAAUACACAAACUUACAAGGGAUUUUACUAUAAGGGUUGAGUGUGAAAUAUUAUAGGUUUUCUUUCGGAUUUUGAGACUUUUAAUCAGGUUGGUUAUAUAAUGGAGUUUGUCACAAAAUGAUGCACACCAUUCAUGAAAAAGUAAUACACAAAAGAAGAAGACCUUCUCCCUUUUAUUUUCUUUUGUUAUUUUUUUUCUUUUUCAAACUGUUCUUCAUUAAUUCCUCUUUCGACGAGUAGAGUUGUCGGACAAUAUUUCUAGUCUUUGCUGGUAUCUUUUCAUUAUUUCCUCUUCUGUGUUUUGAUUUCUUUGAAUCUGUAAAAGAUACAUGAUAUUAUCAUUGGAAUGUUGAUUUAGGUUCCAUAAAA